UGUGUGUGUGUAGUGACGUAGCAGCUGCUGAAUCUGGUUUGGCAGGAUUUCUGAGGAAAGGGCGAGAGCAGAAACAGACAGAGCGAGAGAGAAAGGAGAGGAACAUUUUAAACUACGUUUUCCUUCACUACAUUUAACUCCACUGCCGGGCAUUAGUCUCCUGCUGCUGCUCACACAUUCGGUUCUGGUGUUUAAGGAGGUUUCCCGCACAGGGGUUCGCUUUUGUCUACCACCCAGACCGGCAGAGCAGCAGGGAUGAACUGGUCGGGCCUGGAGAGUCUGCUGAGUGGAGUCAAUAAAUACUCCACUGCAUUUGGGAGGAUAUGGCUGUCCAUGGUGUUUGUGUUCCGUGUGAUGGUGUUUGUAGUCGCAGCACAGAGGGUUUGGGGGGAUGAGAGCAAGGACUUUGUGUGUAACACCCGGCAGCCUGGCUGCACCAAUGUCUGCUACGACCACAUCUUCCCCAUCUCCCACAUCCGUCUGUGGGCACUGCAGCUGAUCUUUAUCACCUGCCCAUCUCUGAUGGUGAUGGCUCAUGUGAAAUACCGCGAGGGAAAAGACCAGAAAUAUGAGAAGCUGCACCACGGCUCUCACCUGUACGCCAACCCCGGCAAGAAGAGAGGGGGGCUGUGGUGGACAUAUCUGCUGAGUUUGGUCUUCAAAGCUGGAUUCGACAUAUCAUUCCUCUACAUCUUGUACAGGAUUUAUCAUGGAUAUGACCUGCCCAGGCUAUCCAAGUGUUCCCUGGACCCAUGUCCCAACACAGUGGAUUGCUUCAUCAGUCGUCCAACCGAGAAAAAGAUCUUCAUGUUGUUCAUGGUUGUUUCCAGCAUACUGUGCAUUGUCAUGUGCAUCUGUGAGAUGAUUUAUCUCAUUGGGAAGCGCAUCAGCAAAUUGUUAAGGAUUCGACACGAGAACCAGAGACAGAUAUUUGCUGAUCAACAUGAGCUCACCGACAUAGCGCCACCAAGGUCACUGUAUCGGAGGACAGAUCCAACACUGUCUGACAGCCAGCUGAGUUUAAAUAAGCGGGAGAAGGUGAGAAAAGGUACUACGACUACGACACUGUAGGACACAACCACCACUCUGCCAUGGAUUUUUUUACUAUCGGGUGACCACACAACAGGGACAUGUGUUACUUGAAACUAUUAAUCCAAAGGACCAAUAGGGCCCAGUCCUGACCUCUGGGAUUCAGUCAUCCAGCUGAACACGAACCAUAAUGAGGAGGAUGGCUGAUUGGAUAUUUUAGUACAUAGUUAAAGAAGAGGACUAUUGGUAUCACUAUGAUACUGGGACAUCACUUUGUGCCACAGAUCUGAUCAUCUUAUGGCUGACAACAUGAGGAGACAUAUCCAGGAGAAUUACAGCACUGAUGUUGUUCACUCAUGUUGUGUUUUCAGGAAAUUGUGGAUUGAUUGUUGAUUCAUGAGAAAUAUAUGAUAUUGUAAAUUACAGCACUUGGUAUCUUCAACACUGAUAAUAUCUUUGUCAACGGCCUGACUGACAAAAAGAAUGUUUAUAUUUCUUCUUCUACAGGGACCAAAAUACCACCAGGAAUGUGAUGAGCUGAUGCCUCACAUGAAGUGUUGAGUUACCCAUGUUUAAAUUUCUCCUCCAAGAAAGCUGGUCAAUAUGUUUUUAGCUUUGUGGCCAAUCAGCUGCAUUGGACAACCAGCUAAUUCCCUAUUGUUUUUGUUAAGGGCUCUUCAUUAUCAGAAUUUAAAAUGUAUUUAUCAUUUUUGGUUGUUUAAUAUCAGGGGAAAUGAGUAUUGCUGUACAAGCAGGACUUUAGCUAAACUGACAAAAUUAUGUUGAAGGAGAUAUGUCAGUUGCUACGUAGCCAAUUUUGGCAUUAGGUGUUUACACACUAGUCCUGCCACCAUUGAGUUUACAUGACAAGAGGUUAUAAUACUUUUACAGGCCCGGCUAAUUGGUUAGCAUGUGUACUUUCUUAACUUUGGCUGCAUAGCUAGCCAAAUAUACAAACAUCCCUUUUAAGGAUGAGGCCAUUUCUACUUUCAUAUUUAAAUAAAUCCCCACAGCUACUUUUGUUUUGAUUCAGAGUCAACUGGAAUCUCAUAUUAGUUUAUUUUUAGAUGCUGACUCAUUUUUUUUGUUUGUUAAUUUAAAGCUACAGUGACUCACUAUUUGAGAGCAACAAGCCAGCUAGCCAGUUAGCAUGGUCACUUCAGUAGAGGUUUGGCUAUGUGAUAGCCAAAUUUACAAACAGCGCCAUUAAGGACAAGGUCAUUUAUUCUUUAAUAUCUGGUUAAAUCACAGCUACUUCUGUUCUGACUAAGAGUCAACUGGAACGUCAUGAAAACUACUUUUGAGAUAUUGACUUAUAUUUUGUUUAUGAAUAUAAUGAUACCUUUUAUUGCUUGUAAAAUAAAAAUGCUGAUAAAGGUCACUGUCAAGGUUAUCCUCGAAUGUUUUCACUGAUACUGUUCAAAAUCCAUUGGUGAGAGGAGAAAAAUAAUUUUGCAGUAGAUGCCAUGAGCAAAUUCAAGUUGUAUUUACAAACGAAACAAAUGUCCUUAUUCAGACAUGACUUUUUUCAGUUUUUCAUGCAUGAAAUAAGAUUUCAUUAUGCUACUA